AAAAUGUGUGCGGCUCUUUUACGAAGUGUUAAAUUGGCUAACUUAAGGCCAAUUACGGCUAUAUGGCAUAACCAGGGUCUGCACACAAGUAGUUCGGUCUGCAAGUGGCGCAAUGUGGCCUCCGGCGAGGUGGAAAGAAAACUUUUGACCGGCGACAGGCUUCCGGAUAACUACAAACUGAUCUACCGUGCACCCAUCGAGAGCUAUGUGACCUGGACGAAGAAUAUGUCCACUGCCACCACCUCGAUUCUGGGCUUGGUGGCUGCCUAUCACUGGGCUACCACCAUGAAUUUCGUAAAUAUGGUCCAGAAAAUGGACAUUGCUAUACUGGUCUCCCAGGAAUCUGAUCUGUACUACUUUCUAACGGGAUUUGUUCUCAUCAAUCUGGCGAUACGCGCCUUUGUGGCGAAAUAUCCCUUGAGAAUCUACAAGAGCUCGGAAAAGUAUGUGGCUGUCUACGGAUCCCAACUGCCACUGGGAACUGUGAAGCACUAUUUUGAAAGAGGUCAAAUAGCUGAAUACAAAAACUUUUUGAAUCCCUGGAGCCAUAUUAUGUACAAACUGGGCAACCGCUCUUCCAUGCUGCUAGUUGACUACUUUAAGACGCCCUCGGAGUUUCACCAGCUAUUCGCGACCAAACAAGAUACUUAGUUUUGUACCACAUUGUUUUACAUUGUUAGAAU